AUGGAGAAGAUUGAUUAUACAGGAACAGAGUCUUCUAGUCCUUGCAACAAAUGUUUAAAUGUGUCCUGGGACAGCACACCACCUUGUACUUGCACUAUCGAUUUCACACUGGAGCAUUCAUUUGAGAGCAAUGUAUUCAUGUAUUAUGGGCUUUCCAACUUCUAUCAAAACCAUCGUCGGUAUGUGAAAUCUCGAGAUGACAGUCAGCUAAAUGGAGAUAACAGUUCAUUGCUUAAUCCAAGUAAGGAAUGCGAGCCUUACCGCACAAACGAGGACAAGCCUAUUGCUCCCUGUGGUGCUAUUGCCAACAGUAUGUUUAAUGAUACAUUGGAAUUAUACCGCAUUGAUAACGAUACAAGGAUUCCGAUUCCUUUGAUUAAAAAGGGCAUCGCGUGGUGGACAGAUAAAAAUGUAAAGUUUAGGAAUCCUUCAGGAGAAACAAAUAACUUAACCGCGCUUUUCCAAGGCACAACCAAGCCUGUAAACUGGCCCAAGCCAGUGUACAUGCUGGACUCGGAGCCCGACAACAACGGCUUCAUCAACGAGGACUUCAUUGUGUGGAUGCGAACUGCGGCGCUGCCUACGUUUCGCAAGCUGUACCGCCUCAUCGAGAGGAAGAAUAACUUACAGCCUACCUUGCAGGCUGGAAAAUACUCCUUGGAUAUCACAUACAAUUAUCCUGUGCAUAGCUUUGAUGGACGAAAAAGAAUGAUCCUAAGCACCAUCUCAUGGAUGGGAGGCAAAAAUCCCUUUCUGGGAAUUGCUUACAUCACUGUGGGGUCCAUAUGCUUCUUUUUAGGAGUCGUACUGCUGAUCAUCCAUCACAAAUAUGGAAAUCGAAACACUAGUGCAGACAUUCCCAAUUAAUCCUGCAUUCUGAAAACCAAUGUACUGCAUGUGCAUCAAGGCCAGCCCAGAAUGGACCCAGUUUUGAAAGCUAAAUCUCUGCUUAUGUCACUUGUGAGGCUGGGUGCAUAUAUGUGUUUUUUAAUCUUUUCCCUUCGCUGUGGAUUAACUCUCGAGAAUGACGGGUAUACAAUUAGCUAUAUUGAUUGUAUCUCUGCUGCUGUCAGAAACGGUUUUCUGAUGUUUGCCUCUAUCUGGGCAGGCCACACGAUGCAUAGAGCUUCUGUCCCCUUGAUGCAUCUGCUGCUUGUUUCUGUGCUGUGUAAUGUCAGUAUGAUUCCGUGCAUACAGAUUGUGUGGAGAAAGACUGUUAUGACAUACUGUGUACAUUUUUAAGGAUCUUCAGAAUUCAGGUGUCAGUGCUGUUGAAAGGAAAAGUCAAGUCUUUAAUGUUAUUUUCAGUUUACUGUGUUGUGUGCAUGGGCUCUCACAUUUCUUGCUGAGAUGUUAAUAUAUUUAUAUAAGUUGUUAAAUAUUUUUCCUAUGUCCUACCCAAUUCUGUUAUGUUAAAUUCUGAAAGUGUGGUGUAAAUUGCAGCACUUGGGGUUCUUUUUAUAUUUACAACAAAUGUGCCUGGCCAGUAAACUAGCAUCUUGCAAAGAUACCAGAAGAUCUAUUUGUUAAUUAUCUGCAUGAGCCCAUUCUAAAGUGUGAUCUAAACUGGGAAGCGCUUGCUGCAGGUAGAACCUGCUUUGCU